AAAGAAAAGCUUUGAUGACCUCACCCACUGAACACAUGUAGACGAUCCUGCUCUAUAUCACCGAAGUUAGACAAGAUAUCAAUUUUAUUACAUCCGGGAAUUUGCCCUGAGUUAAAUAUAAAACUAGAGCACCAUCGGAAUCACUGCAGAUUUCCCCUUUGGAUCCAGCGGCAGCAGGUUGUGAGGAUGGAUGGGCUCUUUGGAUUGUCCGUUUUCUCUGUGUGGCCGUGGCAGGACGUUCGCAGUCUGCUCAUCUUCACUCUGGUCUUCUUGGUGAUAGCAGAGUGUUUGAGGACCCGUCGUCCCAGCGGUUUUCCUCCAGGACCCCGGGUUCUUCCUCUUGUGGGGAACAUGUUGUCACUUGACUUUAAGAAUCUCCCCAGACAAAUGACCCAGUUGGCAGAGAAGUAUGGGAAUGUGUACAGCCUUAAGAUGGGCUCCUCCUGGGUAGUGGUGUUGAAUGGCCUUGACGCCCUUCAAGAAGGUCUACUCACCAAGGGAGACACCCUGGCGGGCCGACCGUUUCUUCCUCUCUAUACUGACGUACUUCCUGAUCUGGGUAUUCUCUUUACCAACGGAUACUUGUGGAAACAGCAAAGACGAUUUGCCCUCUUCACUCUCAAGUACUUUGGAGUUGGCAAGAGAUCCCUGGAAUCUACCAUACAGGAUGAAUUCAGUCACCUAUCUAGAGAGAUUGCUGGUCAUGAAGGCAAACCCUUCAAUCCUCACUUGGCUAUAAACAAUGCCGUGUCCAACAUCAUCUGCUCCCUGGUGUUUGGUCACCGCUUUGAGUACGGCAAUGAGAAGUUUCUCACCUUGAUCAAGUUGAUUGACACGGCAUCUCAAAUCGAGGGCUCCAUUUGGGCUCAGCUGUACAAUGAGUUUCCCAUGCUGAUGAGACGUCUGCCAGGCCCUCACCACACUCUUCAGAAAAUCUUUGGUGAAAUGGUGAAGUUUAUGAAAAUAGAAAUCAAUCAGCACAAGAAAGACUGGGACCCCGCGGAGCCCAGAGAUUUCAUCGACUGUUACCUGACUGAGAUUCAGAAGAGCAAGAAGGACGAUAAAGAGGAUGCUGGUUUUCACGAGAAUAAUUUGGUGAUGUGUUCGUUUGAUCUGUUCGGAGCCGGCACUGAGACCACCUCCACCACCCUGCGCUGGGCUCUGCUCUACAUGACCAAGUACCCGGAGAUUCAGGAGAAAGUCCAGGCUGAAAUAGACCAAGUGAUUGGACAGUCCAGGCAGCCGUGCAUGGAGGACCGUAAAGACAUGCCCUACACUGAGGCCGUCAUCCACGAGGUGCAGAGGAUGGGCAACAUCGUUCCUCUGGGGCUGCCUCACUCCGCCAUCAGGGACCUCCAGCUGGGAGGCUACUCAGUCCCAAAGGGCGUCACAGUGAUUCCUAAUCUGACCUCGGUGCUGUUCGAGAAGGACAAGUGGGAGACGCCCUUCACCUUCAACCCGGGACACUUUCUGAAUGAGGAGGGAAGGUUUGUGAAGAAGGCUGCGUUCGUCCCUUUCUCUGCUGGUAAGCGGGUGUGUCUCGGGGAGAACCUGGCCAGGAUGGAGCUCUUCGUGUUCUUCACCUCCUUCAUGCAGCACUUCACCUUCUCCAUGCCUCCUGGGGUGCAGCCUGUCUUAAAGCCCCGUGUUAGCUUCAUUCAUUCACCCCAACACUAUGAAAUCUGUGCCACGCAGCGUUAAGUGUGACACUCCUUAAGCUUUAAGAUCGAUUUCAGAACAGCUGCAAUCAUGAAUAUUUUGGCCACUUGGAGGCAGAAGAAGUUUACGACAAGCUUGACACAUUAUCGACUUUUGUUAUUUUUGCUUUUGCCCAGUGGAUAACAUUUCCCACCGACAGUUCACUUCUGUGAAUCAAUAUUAGCUAUGUUUCCGGCAGAAUUGUGAGUCCAAUAUAAAGUAUAUAUAGAAUCCAAUAUUGUGUCUCCACCAUCCCCUGAAGAAUCAUAUAUGUUCCACAUUGCUUUCCUACUGCUGCAGCUGCCAUUUGAUGCAAGGCAAGUUAAACAAUGAGCUAAAGACAGAUACAGAGUUAGGUGAUAGUAACAUGUUGUCGGUUUGUCUCAGUGUGAAGCUUUUCAAUUUCAAUUUUACAUUUUAAUGUGAAAAUCAAAAAUGUUUUUGUUAGCUGGAGCAGGGGUUUUCAACUGGUUUUGUCCCAGGGACCACCAUUCUGACUAGAAAGUCAUCCGCGGCCCACUGUUGUGCCUACGCGCUCGCGUGCCUACGUGUGUGUGUGCGUGCGUGCAUGUGGAUAGAAGGAAGUUUAAACAUUUGGUUUUCCAUGUUGGUUUUAUUUAAAAACCUCAAACAAAUCUAAAUAUAUCUACUUAAAAACCUCAAACAAAUCUAGAAAAAUCCUUGUAAAAAACAACAAAAACGGUUGAUUUUCAGUGCUUAAGAUUUUUUUUUUAAUGCAGUUUGUAGUUGUACUGCAUCUCAGAACCAUAUAUACAUCAAUAUAUAACGUUCAUGACUUAAAUGUACAGACAUGUAGCUGACAUGUUGAUAGAACCUUAAAGUAAUGGUGAUCAAUAACAAUCAACAUAAACUGGGGCUACAACUGAAUAGGGAAGAUGACAAAGUAAUGCAGAAUAUGUCACAAUUGAUAAUCAUACAAUAUCACACAAACAAUUGAGGCCUUCUUAAGUUUAACCUCAUGAUCACCAGCAGCAAAUCCCACCUACUGCUAGUGUUGGGGGGAGGGUGGUGGGUGAGUAGUACUUCUGAGUGUGUGUGUCUUAGAGCUCUCCUAAGAAAUUGUUUCUCAACCAGCGAACGUGGUAAAGUGACUGUUAUUGCAAUUAAUUGUUUUGGCUAUUAUGCCAACUUAUUUUUCUUAUUACCAAGUAUAUGUAUUUCGCUCUUUUGUUUUAUUUAAUAUGUUCAUUAUUAAUUCUGCCCUUUUGGGCCUUCUUUUUGGGAAAAUAAAAACUCCCAUCAUACAAAUUACA